AUACUUUCAAGCAACAACAGAUAUAACCCAAUUAAAAUCUGCUAGAAAUGACUGAUGCUCCACAUAAACCACAACAAACACCCCCGCCACAGCCACAACAAAACCAGCUGCAAGAACAACAAAAACGACUCUGUGAUUACUGUAACGACAAAACAGCUUUAUAUUGCAGAGCAGACUCCGCCAAGCUUUGUUUCUCAUGUGACCGAGAGGUCCACUCAACAAAUCUGCUUUUCUCCAAGCACUCUCGCCUCCCGCUAUGUGAUGCCUACUCUUCCCCUGCUUCAAUCUUUUGCGAAACAGAGCACUCUGUUCUCUGCUCCAAUUGCGACUGGGAACAUCACAACCAGAGCACCUUUAUGUCAUCUGUGCAUAAUCGUAGACCGAUUGAGUUCUUCACUGGAUUUCCAUCAGUGAAUGAGCUGUUCCACAAUUUUGGGUUCGAUGAUUUGGACAAUAAAGCUCUGUUUUUGGGAGAUGAUAAUAGUAAUGAUAGUAAUAACGAUUGUUUUUAUGGCGAUGAGAUCAUCGAUUUAUUAGUUUGGGAACCUCCUGAGUUUCUAAGUAUAGAUGACUUGAUUGUUAGGAGUGACUCGGCUGAUAAUUUUCAGGCUCUGGACGUGCCCCCUCUGCCCAAGAAUCGAAAUGCUGCUUGUGGGAAACACAAGGAAGAAAUGCUUUGCCAGCUUCGUCAACUCAGCAAGUUGAAAUCUGAGUUGAAUUAUGAAAAUGCGGAUGCUAAACCCAUUAUAAGGUUCAAAUCGUCGGUGCCUGACCAAAACUUGCAGCCAGCGAAUAUAUACACUGGUUCUGGACCAGAUGCAGAACCAAUCUCUUAUCCUGCUUCCGAGAAUCCUAGUUACAUCCCUGGUUCAAUGGUAUCAAGAAACCAUUUUGAGGACAUUUCUGUUGUCCCAGACAAACAUUCAGAUAUCGGUGGCCGUAUAAGGGUUGUCAGUGAUGGUGAUGAAGGGGGAUCUCAACAUCCAGUUACUACUGAAACAUUACCAGUUUUUGCUAAAGUUGGUCUACACGAGUUAAACAGUCAAGAAAGAGAUUCUGCACUCUCACGGUACAAGGAGAAAAAGAAAACACGGAGGUAUGAUAAACACAUCAGAUAUGAAUCAAGAAAGGUUCGGGCUGAAAGCAGGACUAGAGUUAAAGGACGUUUUGCAAAGAUUGAUCAUUAAUGGUACAUUUGUAAGCAGUAACCACUGACGAAUCUCUAGCACAGCUUAUAUCAGGAUGAGUAGUGUAUUAAAAAAUGGUUUUUGUCAGGAGAAGUUAGUCAUGUAUUGUGUGUACUGUAAAGUCUUGUGUUGAGUAGAUGAAUUUGCUCUUGCAACUGCCUCUGUGUUGUGCUACGUACGCAGAGAGGUGGCUUUGAGUUUCGUUAAGAUCAUAUGAAAGGUUAAUUAUUGAUUAAGUUGAAGCAAUUAUAAUUUAGAUUAA